UUUAUGGCCGUAUUAGAACUCGAGUAACAUCUGUGGGAAGAGAAUGGUGACUGCUCAGUCUGCUCCAAAUCUGACCACUGACUGACUCCUCCUCCAUAAAUCUGGCGUCAUCUAGAUCUUUGUGACCAUGCACAUCAAAGGAAAAGUUGCCAUAGUUACCGGCGGUGCAGGUGGGCUUGGACAAGCAAUAACCAGAGCUUUGCUGGAGAAAGAAGCCAAGGUGUGUAUCUUUGACAUCCAUGCUGACAGAGGUGCUGAGAUAGAGUCUUCACUACAGAGUCAGUUUGGAGGAGACAAAGUGUCCUUCUCGCUGUGCGAUGUAACUGACGAAGAGGGUUUUACAGAGGCCUUCGACGGCGUCGUUGCACGCCAUGGACAGGUGGACAUCAUGGUCAAUAAUGCAGCUAUCGUCAACGAGAGGACUGACAUCGACAAGAUGCUUCUGGUCAACCUGGGUGGCACCAUCAGAGGUUCGAACCUCGCCAUCAAGCACAUGAGGAAGGAUGAAGGUGGGGAAGGUGGAGUGGUCGUCAACGUGUCCUCCAUUGCAGGAUUAGAGCCUCACUUCCAACUUCCCAUAUAUACAGCCACAAAAACCGGAAUAACUGGAUUCACCCGAUCUUGGGCAACAAAUCCCUAUCUGAAAGACCUGGGCUUGAGAUUCUGCUUGGUGUGCCCCACAGCCUUUACAUCGUUUAUAACGCCUGACCCACAGUUGCAAGUGUUGUAUGUUGAUGAUCUGGAGAAGCUUCAUGAGAAUUCUGGCUUUGAAGAUCCAAAGAACAUAGCUGUUUCUGUCAUUGAUCUGCUGGAGGAUGAUGACAGUAACGGCACCAUAAUUCUCACGGAUCCCAAGGAACAGGAUCGCAGAAUGAAGAUAGAGGCGACUGAUGAAUCAACUUAAGGUGUCACUCUCAAAGACCAAACAGUCCGUCAUUAGAGAGGUUCUGAGAUCGAUUGGCGUGGAGUUCUGUACAUCAAAACGUCAAUGUUUUAUUUUUUUUAAUUAAAAAAUAUGAUGAAGCAGUA